CAUUUUUCAGAUCGCUGUGAUAUUGAAUGUAAAAAUGGUGGGACAGUUGUUGAGAGCAAUUGCAAUUGUAAAUGCAUUUAUGGUUUUGAUGGAAAAAACUGUGAGCAACUUUCUCGAAGAAAAUUCUUUACUGAUGCAUCAUGUGGAGUGUAUGAGAAGGAGCACGGAUUAAUAUCACUGAGCACUUAUCCUAGAAGCCAAACAAAUGCAAUAUUCUGUCAGUGGUUGAUCAAAAGCCAAUCUGGAAAAACAAUCGAAUUUUAUGUGAAAGAUUUGGAUUUGGAUGGUGAAAAUAUGCCACCCAAUACACCGUGCAAUGAUUUUUUCUAUAUUUGGGGUGCUAAAAGUAUCUUAAAUCCAAUUUCGUGCAAUAAAAGUGCUGAAGAAAAUUUGAUCGGAAUACGUUUUGAAAGUGAUUCUGAUUGGUUAUUGAUCGAAUUGCGUACAAAUCCAUGGUCUGAUCAGCCUCAUCGUGGUCCUCAGAUUAAAUAUCGUCAAAUUGAUGCUCCUUACCAGAGAUGUCUGUUUUUGUAA